AUGGGGUCAAUUGAACUUUCUCCAUACGACUGGCUGGAAGGCCACAUCCGUGAGCAAAACUAUGGAGCCGACUGGGGUGACUUCGUGAGCUUCGUCAAACACAUGCGCCAGAAGGCCGAAGACCUCGACGUUGAUUUGUUGGUAGUCGACACUGGAGAUUUGCAUGAUGGUGCAGGCCUCAGCGACGCCACUGGUGUUUCCACCUUCGCGAACGGCACCGGCGUUAACGGCCAAAUUUCGAACCCCAUUUUCGAGAACAUCGACUACGAUGUGCUGGCCAUUGGUAACCACGAGCUGUACAUUUCCAACAUCGCAUAUGAGACUUUUAGCCAGUUCGCCAAGGUCUAUGGUGACAGAUAUGUCACUAGCAAUGUCCAAAUCCGUAACCCCAGCACGGGCGCGCUUGAGUACAUUGGCAAGCAAUAUCGUUACUUCACCACGCCGAAGGGCCUCAGAAUCAUGGCGUUUGGCGUUCUCUUCGACUUCACCGGUAAUUCAAAUGCCUCGGUCGUUACUAAGGCCGCAACCAUGGUCAAGCAGCCGUGGUUCUUGAGCGCUGUCGACUAUAGCGAGCCUGUUGAUCUUUACCUGGUCAUCGGCCACAACCCUGUUCGCCCAACGCAGAGCAGCAGCACGCUCAAGACUGUUUUUGACGCGAUCCGAGCCAUCAAGCCCGACACGCCUGUUCAGUUCUUCGGUGGCCACACCCACAUUCGUGACUUCGCCGUCUACGAUGACAAGUCGACUGCUCUCGAGUCUGGAAGGUACUGCGAGACCCUGGGCUUCCUUUCCAUGUCUGGCAUCAAGUCCGACAACUACAAGGGUGCGGUAUACCCAAAGGGCGUCCCUCACCCUGCCCAGAAGGCGGUUGCUGUGGCCACGACGACGUCCUCUAGCAGCCCUGCCUCUGCGACUGGCAACUCCACUAUGACCUACUUCCGUCGCUACCUGGACUGGAACACCCUGACAUUCGAGUAUCACGCCGUUGGUAGCCAGGCUAAGGCCUUCAACACGUCCAAGGGCGUCAGUGUAACUCAAGAGAUCACAUCUGAGCGCAAGAAUCUCAACCUGACGACUCUUUACGGCUGCGCUCCCCAGACUUGGUGUAUCGAUUGCGCGCCUUUCAUGUCUGAAGGAUCUAUGUUCAACUUGACGACCACUGCUCUUGCAGCCACGAUCAUCACCGAGGAGCGAAAGGCCACUCCGAGAAUCAUUAUCGCCAACACCGGCCAUAUCCGAUUCGACCUCGCACAAGGCCCCUUCGACUACGACUCCUCAUUCAUUGUAUCUCCCUUCACUGACGCUUUCGAGUACAUUCCCGACGUUCCCUGGUCGUAUGCCAGCCAGAUUCUCAGUAACCUGGAGUCGGGAGCUUUCCCUUCAAAGAGGAAGCGUUCGUUGACGAAAGAUUCUCUUGGCUUCAGCCAAUUUAACCCUGCUCUGUCUUCUGUCGAUAGCUGCAUUGAUCCGCCAGUCACCAACGACCACUUUGCGAAGCGAUCUUAUGCUGGGGGCCGUAUCGUUCGUCGACAGGACAUUACACCGGGAUACACCACAUCCGAUGAUUUCGGCACCGACGGCGACGACACUGUCCACAGCGAGAUCCCGGUCUACAACUAUCCCAACUUCUUCCAGGCCAACGGCAGCUUCCCUAGCGAUGGAUCGAUUUCAGAUGAUACCAAGAUUGACUUGAUCUUCCUGGACUACAUUGCCGGUUCAGUCGUGACUGUUUUGCAGUCUUUGGGAGCCAACUACACUUCUGCUGAUGUUUCCUACUAUCUUCCAAGCACAUUCACGACCAACUCCUACUUGCCCAAGUAUGCAAAGGAGAGUGCUGCCUGGCAGGCCAAUGUGCCCAAUUGCCCUGUCGGACUUGGAAUCGGAUAUAACACUACAACCGCUUGA